AAUAUUAUCAGUCUGGUCUCUUCUAAAACCCCUGUGUUUAUUUAAAUAUUUCUGCUUAUGCCAACUAUGAAAAAAAAUCUUAAGUAUUUAAAACGAAAUCAUUGUGUAGGAAUCGGAAGCAGCUGCAGAAUGAUAGACAGAUCUAGACAGCCUGCGUUCUUCAUCAGAAUGACUUCUCCUCUGUGUAUAGCAGUAAAGCCAGUAAUGACACAUUGCUACGUCCUGUACAAAACCAGACCCCGGAAAUCCGUAUGGUCACAUGUGUUUCUAUGCUCUUCUAGAUGUCAGCGCCAAACCCUCCGUAGCGACUAAUACAUUGCUUAGAUGUCUAAAGAGAACAGGCAGGAUCAUGUUGUCUUGUUCACCAAUUCAUCCAUAUUAACCUGCAUGGUGUGGGCCCCUCCUAGAACUUCCAGUCCUUGUUGCAUUGCAUCGUCUUAUAAUCCGGACAGCAGCUGGAUAAAAAUGUCUGCAGAGUGGUUGACUGACUGGACCUGUUUGCUGAAAGGACUUCGCGACCUGAUUGCUGGCUGCAUCCAAGCUGUGCGUGACUGCAAUACCCUUGCACUUACCUCCGUUAUCUGUCUUCUACUGUUGUUUGCAUGGUAUUGUUAUAGAGUUGGUAAGGACCAACCCCGUUCUCCCUUUGCCACUGUUAAUUUACUCAUCCAGAAUUCAGAUGCCAAAGGCUUGCAGAAUGGGUUUGCUUAUUGCCACUCGCGUGAGUGCGUACGCUGUACCCAUAACGAUGUACUGAACCAAAAACUCUAUCACAAUCUGCAGGAAUACGCAAAAAGGUACUCCUGGUCUGGCAUGGGCAGAAUUCACAAAGGCAUCCGUGAACAAGGUCGUUAUCUAAAUGACAGGCCAUCCAUACAAAAGCCAGAGGUUUUCUUUCUUCCUGAUUUACCUACUAUGCCAUAUUUUACACGGGAUGCUCAAAAGCAUGACGUGGAACUGCUAGAACAGAACUUUGCCACCAUCCUUAGUGAGUUUGAAGUCCUCUACAAGGCUUUUUCAAACUGCAGCUUGCCCCUAGGGUGGAAAGUAAACAGUACGCCAACUGGGGAAUGGUUCACAUUUUAUUUGGUCAACCAAGGUGUGUGCAUACCUUCCAAUUGCAAGAAAUGCCCACGGACGUAUCGUUUGCUUGGAAGCCUCCGUACCUUCAUUGGCAACAAUGUGUUUGGGAAUGCUUGUAUAUCUGUGCUUACUCCGGGAACAGUCAUCACAGAGCACUAUGGGCCCACCAACAUCAGGAUAAGAUGCCAUCUGGGUCUGCGAAUCCCAGCUAACUGUGAGCUUGUGGUAGGGGGAGAACCACAGUGUUGGGCAGAAGGACAUUGCCUUCUCUUUGAUGACUCCUUCCUGCACACUGCGUUUCAUGAAGGUUCAGCUGAGGAAGGACCUCGAGUGAUUUUCAUGGUUGAUCUGUGGCACCCCAACGUGGCAGCAGCUGAGCGCCAAGCCCUGGAUUCUAUAUUUGCACCUGGACGCUGAGUCAGUUACACCAAUCUUGCAACCAAACAUCUAUGCUCAUGGGAUAUUGCCUCAAAAAAAAAGCUUGUCUCUAACAAAACCCAUUCUGUGUAUAUGAACUACAUCUUAUGUUACCUAUUUACCAUUGGCUUCUCCAUAGGGUUAUAUUGUAGAAACUAUGUGAUGAGGAAUCAUAUGCAUCAGCCAACGUGCAAUUCUCUGGCAUGAAAGAGCAAUGAACGCUACUUAACAGAGGAGAGCACUUGAUAUGGUUGCUAAAGACUCCUGGUGCCAUAUUUAAUAAACAGCACAAAACAACCUUCAGCUUAAAUGCUUAUUGUUUAAUGAGGCAGAAGCUGGGAGAAAAGCUAUAGGCACAUAUAGUGUCAUUCAGGGAAUGGCUGGGAAGGUUCCACAACGUUCCCUUUUGUUGUCCCCUUAAUAAAGGUUAGCAAGGACUGUAUUAUGUCACAUUCAGCUAAUGCCAUAUUUUCACCCACGACUAGAAUGCAGCACUGCUAUAGUAUGUUUCAUGUUGCUACUGUAUAUUUAUACAACUCUGAAAUACACAUUUGGGGAAGACCUAAAGCAAUGUAUUUUUGACAUGAAGACCAGGUUCACUUCAAAACUGAUCAGCCAUGUAGUAUUACCUUCUAGCUGUCACCGACAUGUUGGGUUGAUUCCGCCCUCAGCUCAGCCGUGACUAUAGAAAACAAAUGAAUAAGGUAUUUUUUAAACAAGCUUCAGUACUCCAUUAUAUGACAAUUGUAUACAAUAUAAAGAUCUUUUGAAUGCAGUUGAUAACAUUUAACUCAUAAAAAUCAAAUAAAUAAGUGGACUUUUCUUCACUGGUCCAAAUUUCUA